UGUUUUCCUGAAGCCUAAAAGUGAUGAUUCCUCUGGUUUUCUGAAGGCCUCUAUCUUUCUUAUCCCUCUCUCAUUUGACCCGAGGGCUAAAUUUGGAGACCUUCUCGAACCCUAAUCGGUUAAUUGACCCUCUCGGAAAAUCUCCCAGAAGAUGCAGAAUCCCAGGCUGAAGCAGCAGCAAGCUCUUAUGCAACAAGCUCUUAUGCAACAACAGUCUCUCUACCACCCUGGCCUCUUAGCUGCUCCUCAGAUUGAACCAAUUCCAAGUGGAAAUCUGCCUCCUGGUUUUGAUCCAAGUUCUUGCCGCAGUGUGUAUGUGGGGAACAUUCAUCCACAGGUAACAGAGUCGCUGCUUCAGGAACUUUUUGCAAGUAAUGGUCCAGUUGAAGGUUGUAAACUUAUUAGAAAAGAGAAGUCAUCCUAUGGAUUUGUUCACUAUUUUGAUCGUAGAUCAGCUGCUCUUGCCAUAUUAUCUCUCAAUGGAAGGCACUUGUUUGGUCAGCCGAUCAAAGUUAACUGGGCAUAUGCUAGCGGGCAGAGAGAGGAUACAUCAGGUCAUUACAACAUAUUUGUUGGUGAUCUUAGUCCUGAGGUUACUGAUGCUACAUUGUUUGCUUGCUUUUCCGUCUACCCCAGUUGCUCAGAUGCAAGGGUUAUGUGGGAUCAGAAAACUGGACGAUCAAGAGGGUUUGGAUUUGUUUCAUUCCGUAAUCAACAGGAUGCACAAGGCGCUAUAAAUGAUUUAACUGGUAAAUGGCUUGGUAGUAGACAAAUACGCUGCAACUGGGCAGCAAAAGGUGCUGGUUCUAGUGAGGAUAAACAAAGUUCAGAUGCUAAAAGUGUCGUUGAACUCACAAAUGGCUCAUCUGAAGAUGGUAAAGAGACAAGUAACACUGAUGCCCCAGAGAAUAAUCCUCAAUAUACUACUGUCUAUGUGGGAAAUCUUGCACCAGAGGUAACCCAGCUUGAUCUCCAUCGCCACUUUCAUAAUCUUGGGGCUGGUGCGAUAGAGGAGGUUCGAGUCCAGCGUGAUAAAGGGUUUGGUUUUGUGAGGUACAGUACUCAUGCUGAAGCAGCAAUGGCUAUUCAGAUGGGGAAUGCCCAGUCUUUUCUCCUGGGUAAACAAAUUAAGUGCUCCUGGGGGAGCAAGCCCACUCCUCCUGGAACUGCUUCAAAUCCUCUUCCACCACCUGCUGCUGCUGCUGCACCUAUGCCUGGCUUCUCUGCUUCUGAUCUUCUGGCCUAUGAGCGUCAGCUAGCAAUGAGCAAGAUGGGUGGUAUCCAUGCCCUGAUGCAUCCCCAAGGGCAGCAACCUCUUAAACAGGCAGCACUCGGAGGAAGUCAGGCAAUUUAUGAUGGGGGGUUCCAGAAUGUUGCUGCACAACAAAUGAUGUACUACCAGUGAUACAUAAAGGGGUUAUCGUUAUAUGGUUUAAUGCUUUCUCGUUUUCUUUUUUCCGUACAGUAGUGUGGUUGUCGGCUCCACCAUAAUUAGAUAUGGUAAUCUAUAUGGCUCUGUAUCAUCAUGUAUGCAGUUCUAUUAUUAGUAGUGAUGAGUGGUCAAAUAUUGAGGCUGUUGAAAUUUUCUCUUCCCUGUCUACCCUUAUUUGGGGGUGUUGGUGAUUUAUCCAACGUAAUUAAUAUUCAUGUACAUCGUGUGACGUUUUCAACCUCA